AUGGCCACGUGUGUGCCGACUGAGCUUAAGCAUGUUGUGCUUCACCCUAGCACGGCGAAGCCUGGGCUGAGAACAGGCCUCAGGCCCUUUCUUAAGCAAGUCAGAAGGCCGAAGGACGUGUAUUCAUUUAAGUGUACCCCGUCCAACUCCUUCAAUCUGCUUCAGCACGUCUUCAUUUAUAACGCCAGUUCCAAGUACGAGGAAGAUCUCCUUUUAAAAUGUGCCCAGUACCUUUCAAAGCUGGAUCACUUCACAUUGAUGACCAUUUUGCGCUAUAAGCUUUCCUUGAAGAAGCGGGAAAUUAUAUUUAUAGUUCCGAACUACAAAGGCAUAUAUCUUAGCGAACAUGUGUUCGUAGCUGCGCAGAAUAAUCUUUAUCUUUACGAAGAGGAGCUUUGGGCCAUAUUUGGGCAGCUCCUGCUUUUCUGUACCUACCUUCUUUCCAUAAGUCUCCAGAUUGCCGAGGUAGUCUGUACUCAUCUCUCCAUGAACAACAUCUACUAUGUGUCUUCUUUACCGCACAUGGAGGAUACCCGUGGUUGUAUAAAGAUAGACAUCAUGAGCAUGCUUCUACGAGAGUCUAUUUCUUUGGACUCUCUUCUUCACGAUGACACAGAGGAGGACUCCAGUGCUUUCAUGAGAGAUGACAUCAUGAGGCGGUUGCUGGAGAAAGUGCACACCAUCAUGACGACUCUCACGGAGCUACAGAGCACGGCACACACGCCAAUGGGUCUACCCCCAAGCCUCAUGACUCCGGUCCAAAUGAACCGUGUGCUGAGUACCGUAUUCAACAAACGACAUCAGCGCAGCAACACAGACAUGGGCAGCAUGUUGUCCAUCAAUACUAGUGACUUCUUGUCUAGUAUCAGCCUAAGUCAGGUAAGCAAUUAUGCACGCACCAAGCACAAGUGCCAGCCCAGCGAAGCUACUGAGUCGAAGAAAAACUCUUGCGAUACCAGGCCUAUCCAUAAAGGUAGAGAAGAAGACUACGAGAAGAGCGACAAGGUAGAACAUAGUUUUCUGUCCAUGACAUGUCCAUCCUUUACCAUCCCCAACGACGAAUCGUUUCCUGAGUUGGUGACCUCAAAAGAUGGCCCAAGGGCUACUGUGAGCAUUGCUAACUUUACUAAGAAUAGCAACCCUGUGCAUCCAUCCCUGCCCAGACAUAUUUUGGUAGACCAGGAGCAACAAGAAAAUCCAAAUACCUCGGUGACCGGUUCGAACGGAACAGCCAACGAGACCCCGUCGCUUUCGAUUCAGAUGGAGUCUAUGAUUGGGGUGGGUGAUCUCAGCAUGGUGGACACGGAAUACAACUUUGGUAUGCAGCGAACUCAAUCCCAAGUCUCGCGUGAACCUCAUACAGAUAGGUAUAGCCAAGAGCUUCACAACGCAAUCAGCAUGCUGAGACAUGUCAGCUCCAUCAGAGAGAUGUACAGAGUUGUACCGCUGGCCAAAGUGGUUGACCAGCUGGAGCUUCUUUAUUCUGACAGCGACAAGGUGAGGCAGGCUUCACUUCGGUAUGCGAUUAUAACAGACAAUUUUCACUUGGUAAAACGGCUGGUACGAAAGCUACCACUGGAUGAGAAGUCUACUCCAACGGAGAUAUCAUACUGUACGAACUCGUACUGCACAACAGAGAUAAUGGCUGCAACCCUGCUAAGGAAUGAUAGCAUAAUUAAGGCUCUUGUGCCCUACCAAUCUAAUCUCCUAAUAAUUAACAAGGAUCCUUCCAAGGUUAAUGCGUUGUCAAUGGCUAUUCAGAAUUAUGUCUCUGGGGACACAAUAUCGUAUAUUGCUAGGCACAGUCGUCCGAUAAUAGAGAAGUACUGGGACACCAUUGUGGUCCAGGCCUGUCUAACAAAGGCGUCUGAGAUCAUCACAGCGCUUGUUCCUUUUUACCCUGGCAAAGGAGCUCUCUACUUCACCAAGGUUUGUAUGCUUCUUGGCUCUAAGCAGCUUGCAGCAACCAUAUUUUCCCAAGAGAGUGACGCUAUCAAGAAAGAUAACGCAACAGACAUCAUCAGGGAAGUACUCUUCGACCACGAGGCUAUCCUCAAUAGAACGCAUUCAGCAUCUUCAAAAAUAGAGACAACUGCAGACGGUUAUACAAGGUUUAUCUUUGCCGCCGCCGCAGGGAACCUGGAGCUCUGCAAAGCGUGUGUCCACGAAGCUGGUGUCGUGACAAAGGCAAAUGACUCGGCAUACCUGCGUGCCUUGCAGAACGAGCAUUGGGAUGUUGUGCAGUACUUAGAAACUCUUAAGGACUCCCUUCCAGAGCAGAUGCCAUGCACAGCCCCUGAAUUUUACGCCGAUAAAGAAAAAGAGGUCACGACGCUGAUGAGUGCUGCAUCCACUUAUGACAUUCCACGUAUGAGGAAGUUCUUCUCACAGGCAGGAAGUACAGAUGUCCUUAAAAUGACUGCGCUGAUGUUUGCAUGCGACAGAGAAAACGUUGAAGGAGCCCUUAUGCUUAUGCAAAAGGAAGCUGGGGCGCGCUGCAGCGCAACGGUCUGGUUCUCAGGCUUUGAAUUCAACGGAGCCAGCGCACUCAUGUUCUCUGUUGCAAAUAACAACCUUGCCUUGGUAAAGAUGUUGAUGAACACAGAGGCAAGACUCCAAGAUAGAAAUGGCAGAACAGCGCUCAUGGCUGCCGCUCGGUUCGGCCAUCUAAGCAUUAUUCGGCUGUUGUCCCCCCUAGAAGCAGGCAUUUGCGAUAAUAGGGGGAAGUGUGCAAUCCACUAUGCGGCUGAAUAUCGUCAACGAGAAGCAUCUGCGCUACUAGCCCAGGUAGAAGGACUUUGUAAGGACGCUGGAGGAUUUGAUGUUAUCGAAUACUACAUUCGGUUCAAGGACUUUGAUUUUGCAGAUCUCCUUGAAUACAUUAUCACAACAGUGAAGCAGCCCGCCCCCCACGCAGGUAUACCCUACCGGGAGCAGUACUCGUCGGAAUCUGCUCCUCUUCGAAUGCAUCUAGGAUCUGCAUUGACAGCCAUUAGCACCACAUCACUCCCAAAGUUCCUACCUUGA